CCCAGAUAAAAGGUAGGGGAGGAGGAGAGAGAGAGAAGGAAGAGUCUAGGCUGAGCAAACAUGAAGGGGCCCUCAACCUUCUGCAGUCUCCUGCUCCUGUCAUUGCUCCUGAGCCCAGACCCUACAGCAGCAUUCCUACUGCCACCCAGCACUGCCUGCUGUACUCAGCUCUACCGAAAACCACUCUCAUACAAGCUACUGAGGAAGGUCAUCCGGGUGGAACUGCAGGAGGCUGAUGGGGACUGUCAUCUCCAGGCUUUCGUGCUUCACCUGGCUCAACGCAGCAUCUGCAUCCACCCCCAGAACCCCAGCCUGUCACAGUGGUUUGAGCACCAAGAGAGAAAGCUCCACGGGACUCUGCCCAACCUGAAUUUUGGGAUGCUAAGGAAAAUGGGCUGAAGCCCCCAAUAGCCAAAUAAUAAAGCAGCAUUGGACAAUAAUCUCUAAGUACAAUCUCCAA